AUGGGUGACAUCGAAAAGCAGGUCGAAAUCAAGGAGAAGAAGCUCCGCAAUGCUAUGCGCGAGCUUAAAAUCCAAAAGCUCUGCCUCAACAUUUGCGUCGGAGAAUCUGGAGAUAGAUUGACCCGUGCCGCUAAGGUUGGUUUUUUUCUCUUUUUUAUUUCAGCUCCCAGCAUGGAAUAUUUUGAAUACCUGAAAAAUUUAAGAAAAUUUCAAAAAUUCAAAGAAAAUAACGAAAAAUAUUCAAAAAUCUAAUUUUUAGGUCUUGGAAUCGCUCACCGGACAAACCCCAGUCUUCUCAAAGGCUCGUUACACCGUCCGUACCUUCGGAAUCCGUAGAAACGAAAAGAUCUCCGUUCACUGCACCGUCCGUGGACCAAAAGCCGAAGAGAUCCUCGAGAAGGGACUCAAGGUCAAGGAAUACGAAUUGUACAAGGAGAACUUCUCCGCCACCGGAAACUUCGGAUUCGGAAUUCAAGUAAGAUAUUUUUCCUGGGAGCUCGGAGGGUUUUGCAGAUAGAUCUUGAAAUCUGAAUCGAAUUUUUUACAAAACUCCUCGUAUUUUAGGAGCACAUCGACUUGGGAAUCAAAUACGAUCCAUCAAUCGGAAUCUACGGAAUGGACUUCUACGUCGUCCUCGACCGCGCCGGACGUCGUGUCUCCAAGAGAAGACGUGCUCCAGGACGUGUUGGACCAAGCCACAGAGUUCAACGUGAAGAAUCCGUCAAAUGGUUCCAACAAAAGGUUAGUUACUUAUAAUCCGGAUUGUUUUCUGUUAUCUAACCGAUAUAUUCUUACAGUACGACGGAAUCAUCCUUCCACCAAAACCAAAGGUCAAGCGCACCUUCCACAGACGCCGUUAA